UCGCGCAGCUGCAAAUUAAAAAAAUUCAGAAAUUGGGAUCAAUUACUAUUUUCGCAAAAUCUAUAGCUAGUCAGUGUUCAUCAUGCUUUCUCACUGCAUCUGGAAACAAAUAAUUAUAUUUAUUUCAAAUAGUUUUCAAGUCUUAAUUUACAUGAAAAUCUAACUUCUGAACUUGCCAACUUAUGGCGUUCAAAAACUUGAUCAGAUUGAAAAAUACAUUGCUCACUGGAUGUCUUCAUCAAGUGAAUAAUACUUGCCUAACAAACACAUACAAUGGUUUACUGGUGAAUCAAAGCCAAGCUGUAUUAACCACCUUCUUAACUCAGCCUUCUAAGGACUUCCACUCAUCUGCAAUUGAUUUCAAAUGGGAAGGCAGAUAUCGAAACUUUUAUCAUGCUGAUUUAUACAUGAAAACAGGAAAAAUGUUGGACAUAAUAGCCAAGAAAAAGAAAAAAUCAAGAAUGGAUGGAAAGCCACAAAUAAAAGGCGUUGUUUUAAGACUUUUAAUUAAAAAGCCGAAAAAACCAAACAGUGCGAAUAGGAAAUGUUGCAAAGUACGGUUAAGUACCGGAAAAGAAAUCAUUGCUUAUAUACCCGGUGAAGGACAUAAUUUACAAGAAAAUAACGUUGUUCUCAUCGAAGGAAAAGGACGUAAGGACCUAGUCGGAGUUCACCAUAAAGUUAUUAGAGGAGCACUUGAUUGUGCUCAUGUUGUUAAGAAAGAACAAGACUAAUUUUUGCUAUAAAAUACUCGCAAAUACUAAAUUAUGACAGACAAUUUAAAACAAUUGAGCUCCUCACAAAAUAAUUAUGAAAAUAAAAAUUACAGUAGGACUAUAUAAGAGUGUUAAAUAGCUAGAAUUUAUAUUUUGUGACAAUAAAUAAUACUUAACGAUGGAUUCAAAAUGUUUGUAAUGGUUUAAAUUCUGACAUAUUUAUGAAGUAAAGGAAUGUUUUACUUAAAAAAAUCUCUCGUAAAAGAACAGCUAUUUAACUCUUAAGGAUUUUGUCGUUCAACAUAUGUGAUGUUCCAUUUUCACAAGGCUUUACUAGUCUUAAAGUAUAUGUUAAUAAACUUCUAAUGCUACCAAUGUUUUUUUCAACUCACAAAAGUUUUUUUGUGAGUUGAACAAAUUUUGUCUAAAUUUUUCAAUAUAAAGAUUUAAUAAUAUAAAACAUAAUUCCUGGUAUUUCACACAAAAUCUUUUCAUAUAGAGCCGUGCAAAAAUUCAUCACUUUUUCAAUUGAAUUUUACCUGAUAACUUCUGUUGUGAUUGAUGCUGUUUUGUUCUAUCUAUUCUACAUGGUUCAAAAUGCUCUUUACAAUGUCAGAAUCCAAAAUACGAAGAUAUGAAAUUUGUUAUUUUGAGUUUUACUAUUUGCAAAUGCAUUUCAAGUUGGAACUUCUUAUUUUUUUAAAUAG